AUGGAUAAUCAACAAGUUCUGCGUCCUUUGUCUAUCAAACAAAACACCACCGAAGUGUCUGUUCUUGUACCUACAAACAUCUGGGUUCCAGCUGAACAACUUCGAGAGGAAUUCCCAAAGGAAGAUGCCGUUGAGGAAAUCACUGAUAUUGAACUUGCUGCCAAGUUCUUACAUUUCGCCACUCAACGUGCUGCCAAUGCAUCUCAAUUCUUGCCUGUUGCACGCACACUCUUCCUUGACUUCGGUUCCCAAUACCUCAAGGACAAUGAUGUACAUGCCAUCACCCGCUCUCUUUCUCCCGAGUCAAAGAAGGUUGUUAUUCAAGCCUACUUUUCUGCUCUUGUCGUGCUCAAGGAACAUGAUGUAUUGACUGCCGAGGAAGCCGCUCCUGCUAAAUCUGCCCUCUUUGAAGCUGCCACUCGUGGCGAUGCUAAGCUUUUCGCCAUCUUUGGUGGUCAAGGUAAUAUUGAAGAGUAUUUCGAUGAGCUUGCCGACAUUUGGGAGACAUACCAAGGUAUCGUCAAGCCUUUUGUUCACCGUAUGGCUGGUGUAUUGGCCGACUAUGCUCGUAGUCCUGAAGCCAAGGUUCUUCAUUCUAAGGGCUUGGAUGUGCUGCGUUGGUUGGAUGAUGCUGAGGUCAGACCUGAUGUCCAAUACCUCAUCUCUGCUCCUGUCAGUCUUCCCUUGAUUGGUCUUACUCAGAUCCUCCAAUACUAUGUUAUGCUCCGUGUGCUUGAUCGUACUCCUGCCGAGAUUCGCGAUUUGUUUGAAGGUACUACUGGUCACAGUCAAGGUAUCAUCAGUUCAGUCGUCAUCUCUGCUUCUUCCACUGAAGAGGAGUUCAUCAACAAUACCGAGAAGGCUUUGGGUCUUCUUUUCUGGAUUGGUACUCGUGCUCAACAAGUAUUCCCUCCUACUACCCUGAACCCUACUGUUCUUGAAGAUUCCAUCAGUAACAAUGAGGGUAACCCUACUCCCAUGUUGGCUGUCACUGGUCUCAGAGAGAACCAAGUUUUGAAGCACCUUGAGGCCACCAACUCUCAUCUUGCUCCUGAGCGUCAAAUUGAAAUUACCUUGCACAACGGACCUCGUUCUUUUGUCUGCACUGGUCCUCCUCAAUCUUUGUACGGUUUGAACCUCUCUUUGCGUAAGCUCAAGGCACCUACUGGUCUCGAUCAAUCUCGUGUCCCUUACUCUCAGCGUAAAAUCAAGUUCUCCUCUCGUUUCUUGCCUAUCACUGCACCUUUCCACAGCAUCUACUUGAAGUCUGCUGUCUCUAUCAUCUUGGAAGACUGUGAUAAGAAUGAUCUUCGUUUCCAUUCCAAGGAUCUCAAGGUCCCUGUGUACGCUACAGAUUCAGGCAAAGAUCUUCGUGAAUCCAGCGAUCUCACCAAGUCAUUAUUGGAACUUAUUUGUGAACAUCAUGUUCAUUGGGAGAGUGCUAUUGCCUCAAAGGACUUGACUCACAUCAUUGAUUUCGGACCAGGUGGUGCUUCAGGCAUUGGUGGUUUGACUCACCGUAACAAGGAAGGUACUGGUGUUCAAAUUGUUUUGGCUGGUGCUCUUGAGGGUGCCAAUCGUGAUGUCUCCUAUAAGGCUGAUCUUUUCGACUCUGAUAUUCGUGCUGUCACCUAUUCCCAAAACUGGGCCAAGGUUUUCCAACCCAAGUUGGUCGAAACUACUAGCAAUGGCCGUAUUCAUCUUGAUACCAAGAUGUCUCGCUUGUUGGGUAAGCCUCCACUUAUGGUUGCUGGUAUGACUCCCGCAACUGUCAAUGAAAACUUCGUUGCUGCUGUCAUGAAUGCUGGUUACCAUAUUGAAGUUGCUGGUGGUGGACAUUUCAAUGAGAAAGUGCUUCGUGAUAAGGUCGAUAAGAUCAUGAAACUCACUCGUGCUGGUGAAGGUAUCACUCUCAACAUCAUCUUCUUGAAUGUGCGUCAAUGGGGUUUCCAAUAUCCUCUCAUUCAAGUCAUGCGCAAGGAGGGCCUUCCUAUGGAAGGUCUUUGUAUUGCUGCUGGUGUCCCCAGUAUUGAGAAUGCCAACGAGAUUAUUGCCAACUUGCAAGCUGCUGGUCUCCGUCACGUUGCUUUCAAGCCUGGAAGCGUUGAUUCCAUUCGUCAUGUCGUUGCUAUUGCCGCUGCCAAUCCCACCAUGCCUGUUAUCUUGCAAUGGACUGGUGGCCGUGCUGGUGGGCAUCACGGUUUUGAAGAUGUUCAUCAGCCUAUUCUUGAAACUUACGCUGCUAUCCGUCGUCAACCCAACAUUGUGCUCGUUGCUGGUUCUGGUUUCGGUGGUGCUGAUGAUACCUUGCCCUACAUCACUGGUGAUUGGUCUCUCAAGUUUGACUACCCUCCCAUGCCCUUCGAUGGUAUUCUCUUUGGUUCUCGUAUGAUGGUUGCCAAGGAAGGUUUAGCUUCUCCUGCUGCCAAGCAAGCCAUGGUCGAUGCUGCUGGUGUUGACGAUGCUGAUUGGGAAAAGACCUACAAGGGCCCUGCUGGUGGUAUUAUCACUGUUCUCUCUGAACUUGGUGAGCCCAUCCACAAGGUCGCCACUCGUGGUGUUCGUUUCUGGAAGGAACUCGAUGAGAGCAUCUUUGCUUUGCCCAAGGACAAGCGUCUGCCUGCUUUGAUGGCCAAGAAGGACUACAUUAUCAAGCGUUUGAAUGCUGAUUUCCAAAAGGUCUGGUUUGGUCAAAAGAAGUCUGGUGAGGCUGUUGAUUUGCAAGAUAUGACCUACUCUGAAGUUGUCUAUCGUUUGAUCACCUUGCUCUAUGUCAAGCACGAAGGUCGCUGGAUCGAUUCGACUCUCCGUGAUUUGGUUGGCGAUUUCUUGCGUCGUGUUGAAGAGCGUUUCACCAAGAAGUCUGGUCCUUCUAUGCUUCAAAACUUCACUCAAUUGCAAACUCCUUUGCCUUUUGCUGAAGAAUUCUUGGCUCAAUUCCCUGAGGCCGAGACCCAACUUUUGACCUCUGAGGAUGUCCUCCACUUCAUUGCUCUUUGUAAGCGUCCCACUCAAAAGCCUGUUCCUUUCAUUCCUGUCAUGGACAGAGAUUUCGACAUCUGGUUCAAGAAGGAUUCUCUCUGGCAGUCUGAAGAUCUCGGUGCUGUUGUUGACCAAGACGUUCAACGUACUUGUAUCCUUCACGGUCCUGUUGCUGCCAAGUAUGCCACUCGUGCCGAUCAACCCGUUGGUGAGAUCCUCGGUGACAUCUACAAUAGCCACAUUAAGAGCUUGAAGGAACGCUACUACAAGGAAGCUCCUAUCCCCAAAAUUGAGUACCUCGGCGGUGUUGCCAUUACCAAGACUGUCGUCAAGGAAGCUGCUGCUUCUGCCACUGAACAUGUCUUUGAGAUCAGUGCUAACAAGGUUCCCUCCGAGAAUGACUGGCUUCAAGCUGUCUCUGGCCCCAAAUAUAACUGGCUUCGUGCCUUCUUGACCUCUCCUUUCAUUGUGCAAGGCAAGCGUUUUGCUGAUAACCCAGCCAAGCGUAUCUUCCGUCCCCGUGCUGGUCAAAAAGUCACUGUUUCCUUUGAUGCUAGUGGUGAAGUCAAGGCUAUCAAGGUGGAAGACAAGCGUCCUUGGAGUGCUACUGCCAAGACUAACGACUUUGUUCCCUCUGUCGAAGCUACUUUCUCUGGCAAGAUGAUCGAUGUCAAGCUUUAUGAAAAGAGAGACAAUGACUUGAUUCCUUUGUCUUUGCAAUUUGAGUACAAGCCUGAACUUGGUUAUGCUCCUGUCCACGAAGUCAUGGAGGGUCGCAAUGACCGUAUCAAGGACUUUUACUACAAGCUCUGGUUCGGUAUUGAUAACACUGAUGAUUUCUUGAACAUCCCUGUCCACGAGAAGCUUAUUGGUAAGGAUGAAACUGUCAAGUCUGAAGAGAUCAAGGAGUUCUGUCAAGCCGUUGGUAACCAAGCUGAGGUCUUUGUUGAUCGUGGUCAAAAGGUUGUCUAUGCUCCCAUGGAUUUCGCUAUUGUCGUUGGCUGGAAGGCUAUCAUGAAGGCCAUCUUCCCUAAGGUGAUCGAUGGUGAUCUUUUGAGACUUGUCCACUUGGGUAACGGUUACCGUCUUUUGGAUGGUUCUGAGCUCCUCAAGGUUGGCGAUGUCGUUGACACCUUUGCCCACAUCAAUGCUAUCGUCAACACUGAUUCUGGUAAGAUGAUUGAAGUCAAGGGUACUAUUGUCCGUGAAGGCAAGCCUGUGCUUGAGGUGACCAGUCAAUUCCUCUACCGUGGUGAUUUCAAGGACUUUGAGCAUACCUUCGAGCGCAAGGUUGAAACUCCCAUGGAAUUCAAGAUCAAGGAUGUCAAGGAUAUUGCUGUUCUCAAGUCCAAGGACUGGAUGCAAUGGACUGAUGCUUUGGAUACUCAUGAUAUCGCUCCUGGUUCCUCUUUGAUCUUCCGUUUGAACACUGAACUCAAGUACAAGAACAAGAAAGUCUUUGCUAGUGUCAAAACUACCGGUACUGUCAUCAUGCAAGUGUCCACCAAAGAGUUUGUCGAGAUUGCCAAGGUCGAGUACGAGUCUGGUGAAAGUCAUGGUAACCCUGUCAUUGAAUACCUGAAGCGUAAUGCCCAAGAAAUUGAGCAAGCCCAUUUCUUUGAGAACGGUGGCUACUCUGUCAUGCCCAGCCAAUCCACCUACUCUUCUGUUGUCCAUGCCCCUGCCUCUAACGAGCCUUAUGCCAACGUCUCUGGUGACUUCAACCCUAUUCAUGUCAACCCUUACUUUGCUGAUUUGGCUCUCUUACCUGGCACUAUCACCCACGGUAUGUGGACCAGUGCUUCUACUCGUAAGUUUGUCGAAAUCUUUGCUGCUGACAAUGUGCCUCGUCGUGUUGUUGCCUACGAUGUCAAGUUUGUUGGUAUGGUCUUGCCUUCUGAUCGUCUCGAAACCAAGCUGUAUCACACUGGUAUGAAGAAUGGUCGCAAGAUCGUCAAGGUGGAGACUGUGAACCAAAACAAUGAAAAGGUGGUUGAAGGUACUGCUGAAGUCGAGCAACCUGUCUCUGCCUAUGUCUUUACUGGUCAAGGUUCUCAAGAACAAGGUAUGGGUAUGGCUCUCUACGACAGCUCUCCUGUUGCCAAGGCUAUCUGGGACCAAGCUGAUAAGCAUUUCAUGGAAAACUAUGGUUUCUCUAUUAUUGAAAUUGUGCGUAGUAACCCCAAGGAGAAGGUUGUCCACUUUGGUGGUCCUCGUGGUAAUAAGAUUCGUCAAAACUACAUGAGCAUGUCUUACGAUGUUGUUGAUGCUGACGGCACCACCAAGACCUUGCCCUUGUUCCCUACCAUCCAUGAACGCACUGCCUUCUAUACUUUCCGUUCUCCCACUGGUCUCUUGUUUGCCACUCAAUUCACUCAACCUGCUUUGACCUUGAUGGAGAAGGCUGCUUUUGAAGACAUGCGCUCUAAGGAGUUGAUCCAAGCCAACUGUGCUUUUGCUGGUCACUCUCUCGGUGAGUAUGCUGCUUUGGCCUCUGUUGGUGAUGUCUUGCCCUUGGACUCUCUUGUGGAUGUUGUCUUCUAUCGUGGUAUGACUAUGCAAUCUGCUGUCAAGCGUGAUGAAGAAGGCAAUUCCAACUAUGGUAUGGUUGCUGUCAACCCUGCUCGUGUUUCCAGAACUUUCAAUGACACUGCUCUCCGUUAUGUUGUUGACUCCAUUGCUCGUCGUGGUGGUGAUGUUUUGGAAAUUGUCAAUUUCAACGUUGAAAACUGGCAAUAUGUUGCUGCUGGUGCUCUUCAAAACUUGGACGCUCUCGCCAACGUCUUGAACUACAUCAAGACUGCCAACAUUGAUCUUCAAAAGUUGAUGGAAACCAUGUCUCUUGAGGAUGUCAAACAACAAUUGACUGAAAUCAUCGACGGCGCAUUUGAGAAGACCAAGGUCAAGCAAGCUAAGGGUCGCGUCCAAUUGGAACGUGGUCAUGCUACUGUCCCUCUUCCUGGUAUCGAUGUACCUUUCCACUCUUCUUUCUUGCUCAGUGGUGUUACUCCUUUCCGUACCUUCUUGGCCAAGAAGUUCAACCCCUCUGACAUCAAUGUUGCUCAAUUGACUGCCAAGUACAUUCCCAACUUGACUGCUCAACCUUUCAGCACUGAAAAGAGCUACCUUGAAGAUGUAUACCGUUUGACCUCCAGUCCUCGUUUGGCUAAGGUCCUCAAGAACUGGUCUGAUGACAAGUAUGUCACUCCUGCUCAACAGCAAAGAUUGGGUUACAUUCUCUUGAUUGAACUUUUGGCUUACCAAUUUGCUUCUCCUGUUCGUUGGAUUGAAACCCAAGAUCAAUUGUUCAAGACCUAUCAAAUUGAGCGUCUUAUUGAAGUCGGUCCUUCUCCUACUCUCAGUGGUAUGGCUGUCCGUACCUUGAACUUGAAGUACCAAGCUUACGAUAACGCUUUGAGUAACCGUCGUCAAAACUUGUCCAUCUCCAAGGAUGCCAAGGAGAUUUACUACGAGUUUGAAACUGUUGAAGAGGCUCCUGCUGCCACUGAACCAUCUGCUUCUGCCGCUGCCGCUCCUGUUGCCGCUGCUGCCGCUCCUGUAGCUGCCGCUGCUCCCGCUGCCUCUGCUCCCGCUGCCUCUGCUGGUCCUGCCGCCUCUGUCAGUGAUGUUCCUGUCACUGCUACUGAGAUCAUUCAUGCCGUCAUUGCUCAAAAGCUCAAGAAGACUGUGGAUGAGGUUCCUUUGGGUAAGGCUAUCAAGGAUUUGGUUGGUGGUAAGUCUACUCUCCAAAACGAAAUUCUUGGUGAUUUGCAAAAGGAGUUCAACAAUGCCGUUCCUGAAAAGUCUGAAGAGACUCCUUUGGAUGAACUUGGAAAUGCCUUGAACAACAGUUUCCCUGGUACUCUUGGUAAGCAUUCCAGCACUUUGAUUGCCAAGAUGGUCGGUGCCAAGAUGCCUGGUGGUUUCACCUUGAACAAUGUCAAGACCUACCUCUCUACCUCUUAUGGUUUGGGUCCUGGUCGCAUUGAGGGUGCUCUCUUGAUUGCUAUCACUAUGGAGCCUGCUGCUCGUUUCGGUGCUGAACCUGAAGCCAAGGCUUGGUUAGACACUGUUGCUCAAGCUUACGCCAAGAAGGCUGGUAUUACCUUAUCUGCUCCUGGUUCUGGUGGCGCUGCUGGUGGUGCUGCCGGCGGUGCUGCUGUCGCUGUCAUCAACAGUGAAGAGUUUGAUGCCAUGAAGGCCAAGCAAGAUUCCUUGAUCUACCAACAACUCAACUUGUAUGCCAAGUAUCUUCAAAAGGACUUGCGUGAAGGUGCCAAAAAGUACGAACAAGAGAAGACCACUACUGCCAAGUUACAAGCUGAACUUGAUUUGUGGUUGGCUGAACACGGUGACAUCUAUGCUGAUGGUAUUAAGCCCUCUUUCACUCCUCUCAAGGCUCGUAAGUACGAUUCUUACUGGAACUGGUCUCGUCAAGAUGCUUUGGAGAUGUGGUACGACAUUAUCUUUGGUAAGCUCGCCAUUGUUGAUCGUGAAGUUACUGCCAAGUGCUUGCGUAUCAUGAACCGUGCCUAUCCUCAAUUGAUUGACUACAUGCGCUACAACGUUGAGAACUGUGCUGGUGACAAGGGUGAAACUUACAGACUUGCCAAGGAGUUUGGUCAAGCUCUUAUUGAAAACUGUGUUGAUGUUCUCACUGAGAGCCCUGUCUACAAGGAUGUCGGUUUCCCCACCGGCCCCAAGACAAAUGUUACCGAGAAGGGUGAUAUCAACUAUGCUGAGGUGCCUCGCCCUGGUUGUCGCAAGUUGUCUGACUAUGUCAAAGACAUGACCGCCGGCUCCAAGGUCUCUGAAUUCUCCAACCGUCUCAAGGUGCAACAAGAUCUUGGUCGUAUCUACAAGAUUAUUCGCAGCCAAAACAAGAUGAAGAAGAGCACCAAGGUUGCUAUCAAGGAACUCUACACUGAUGUCUUGCGCUCCAUGUCCAUGUCCAACACUAUCAUCAGAGAGCAAAGACCUCGUCAACGUCGUGCCUCUACUGUCAACCGUCUCCCUGAACGUAAGCGUAUUUCUGAGAAGUCUGCCAAGACUGAGACCAUUCCCUUCUUGCAUCUCAAGAAGAAGAAUGUCAAUGAUCCUUCUGGCUGGGAAUUCAGCAGCAAGUUGACCUCCACUUACCUCAAUGUCUUGACUGAAAUUGCUGAGCAAGGUAUUACCUUUGCUGACAAGUGUGUUCUCUUGACUGGUGCUGGUAAGGACUCUAUUGGUUCUGAAGUCAUGAAGGGCCUCAUCUCUGGUGGUGCCAAGGUCGUUGUUACUACUUCUCGUUUCAGCCGUGAAGUCACUCAAUACUUCCAAUCCAUCUAUGAGGCCUAUGGUUCCAGAGGCUCUGAGCUCGUCGUCGUUCCUUUCAACCAAGGUGCCAAGCAAGAUGUCGAUGCCUUGGUUGAUUAUAUUUAUGAUCCCAAGGGUCUCAACUGGGAUCUCGAUUUCAUUGUGCCUUUCGCUGCUAUCCCUGAGAAUGGCCGUGAGAUUGACUCUAUUGAUUCCAAGUCUGAGCUUGCUCACCGUAUCAUGUUGACCAACUUGCUUCGCAUGUUGGGUAAUGUCAAGUCUCACAAGCAAAAGAUUGGUUCCGACACUCGUCCUGCUCAAGUCAUCCUUCCCUUGUCUCCUAACCACGGUACUUUUGGUUCUGAUGGUCUUUAUAGUGAGUCCAAGAUCUCUUUGGAAACUCUCUUCAACCGUUGGUAUUCUGAGAGCUGGUCUAGCUACUUGCUUAUCGCUGGUGCUGUCAUUGGUUGGACCCGCGGUACUGGUUUGAUGAGCCCCAACAACAUGGUGGCUGAAGGUAUCGAGGCCCUUGGUGUUAGAACUUUCUCCGCUGUCGAGAUGUCCUUCAACAUUCUUGGUCUCAUGCAUCCUUCCAUUGUCGAACUCUGUCAAAACGAACCUGUUUGGGCUGAUCUCAACGGUGGCCUUCAAUUCAUCACCAACUUGAAUGAAGUUAGCGCCAAGUUGCGUAAGGAAAUCCGUGAAACUGCUGAGGUUCGCAAGGCUAUUGAUGCUGAGAAUGCUCUUGAUUUCAAGAUUGUCUUUGGUGAAGAAGCUGAGCGCAAGCAUAAGCCUCAUAACAUCACCCCUCGUGCCAACAUGAAGUUUGACUUCCCUACCCUUAAGCCCUAUGAUGCUCUCAAGCAUUUGGGCCAUCUCAAGGGCAUGCUCGAUCUUGAGCAAGUCAUUGUUGUUGCUGGUUUCGGUGAAGUGUCUCCUUGGGGUAAUGCUAGAACUCGUUGGGAGAUGGAAGCUUUUGGUGAGUUCUCUCUUGAGGGCUGUAUUGAAAUGGCCUGGAUCAUGGGCUUCAUCAAGCAUCAUGAUGGUAACUUGAAGUCUGGUAAAUUCUACUCUGGUUGGUUGGACGCCAAGUCUGGUGAGCCUGUUGAAGAAAAGGAUAUCAAGGCCAAGUAUGAAAAGCAAAUCCUGGAGCACACUGGUAUUCGUUUCAUUGAUCCCACUGUCAUGCAUGGUUACAAUCCCGACAAGAAAAUGCUCAUGCAAGAAAUUGUUGUUGACCAUGAUCUUGAACCAUUUGAAUGUUCCAAGGAGGAAGCCGAGCACUUUAAGCUCCAACAAGAUGACAAGGCUGAUGUCUAUGAGAAUGCUAAUGGUGAUUGGUGUGUUGUCUUGCGUAAGGGUGCUACCUUGUACGUUCCCAAGGCUCUCCGUUUCGACCGUCUUGUUGCUGGCCAGAUCCCCACUGGCUGGGAUGCUACUCGUUAUGGUGUGCCCAAGGAUAUUGUGGACCAAGUUGACCCUGUUACUGUGUUCAACAUUGUCUCUACUGUGGAAGCCUUCGUUUCUGCUGGUAUCACUGAUCCUUACGAAUUCUUCAAGUAUGUCCAUGUCUCUGAAAUCGGUAACACCACUGGUUCUGGUGUGGGUGGUCAAAUCUCUCAAAGAGGUCUCUUCCGUGAUCGUCUCCUCGAUAAGCCUGUUCAAAAGGAUAUCUUGCAAGAGUCUUUCAUCAACACCAUGCCUGCUUGGAUCAACAUGUUGCUUCUGUCAUCCUCUGGCCCUAUCAAGACUCCCGUCAAUGCUUGUGCCACAUCUGCCGUCUCUAUCGAGUUGGCCUGUGAGUCUCUCUUGACUGGCAAAGCCAAGAUCAUGAUUGCUGGCGCCACUGAAGAUAUCACUGAGGAAUCCAGUUACGAAUUUGCCAACAUGAAGGCUACCUCUAAUGCUGUUGAAGAGCUCGCUCACGGUCGUACUCCUGCUGAGAUGUCUCGUCCCGCUACAACCUCUAGAAAUGGUUUCAUGGAAGCUCACGGUGCUGCCAACCACAUUCUCAUGUCUGCUGCUACCGCUAUUGAGAUUGGUUCUCCCAUCUACGGUAUCAUUGCUCUUAGUAGCACUGCCACUGAUAAGGAAGGCCGUUCCGUCCCUGCUCCUGGUGCUGGUAUCUUGACCACUGCUCGUGAAAACAUCACCAAGAGACCCUCUCCCUUGUUGGACUUCAACUACCGUGCCAGACAAGUCAAGUCUCGUCGUGCUCAAAUCAAGGCUUGGGUUGAAAGCGAAUACGAAGUGUUGCGUGAAGAAUUGGAAGAGCUCAAGGCUUCUGGUGAACUCGCUGCUGAGGAUGAGAAGGCAUGGCUCGAAGAGCGUACCACCUUCAUCCACAGUGAAGCUAAACGUCAAGAAAAGGAAUGUUUGGCCACUUACAACCAUCACUUCUUCAAGAACGACUCCAACAUUGCUCCUAUCCGUGGUGCUCUCGCUGUCUAUGGCUUGACUAUUGAUGAUAUUGGUGUCGCCUCUUUCCACGGUACUUCUACAAAGGCCAACGAUAAGAACGAAUCUCGUGUCGUCAACUCUCAAUUGAAGCAUCUGGGCCGUUCCAAGGGUAAUGCUCUGUUGGCCAUCACUCAAAAGUAUCUCACUGGUCACCCCAAGGGUCCUGCUGCUUCUUGGAUGGCUAAUGGUAUGAUGCAAUGUUUGCUCAGUGGUAUUGUUCCUGGUAACCGUAAUGCUGAUAACGUGGAUGUGAUCAUGAAGGACUUUGACUUCAUUGUCUAUCCCUCUCGUUCUAUCCAAACUGAUGGCUUGAAGGCUGGUCUCCUCAAGUCUUUCGGUUUCGGUCAAGCUGGUGGUGAAGUCUUGAUCAUUCACCCUGACUACGUCUUUGGUGCUUUGGAAGAAAGCCAAUACAAUGAAUACAUAGCCAAGAACGCUCAACGUUACGCCAAGACCUACCGUUAUCUCCACGAUUCCAUUACUGGUGUUGCUGACUUUGUCCAAGUCAAGAACGAGGCUCCUUACUCUGAUGAUCUCGAGUUUGCUGUUUACUUGAACCCCAGUGCUCGCACUGAAUACUCCAAGGAAAAGAAGACAUGGCACUUUACUAACAAAUCCGCUAACCGCGCUGCCCCCACAGCUGGUGAUGCCGAAGUUACCAAGAACAUCCUUGCUUCUCUCACUGAACAACAAGCUGGAAAGAGAGGUGUUGGUGUUGAUGUCGAAUUAACCAACGCUGUCAACAUUGAGAACUCUACCUUCAUUGAACGCAACUUUACUGCAGCCGAAAUCGAAUACUGUCAAGCUCGUGCCGAUCCCCAAGCCAGUUUCACAGGUCGUUGGUCUGCCAAGGAAGCCGUCUUCAAGGCAAUCUCUUCUUACGGUAACAUUCCCUCAGAUGGUGCCGGUGCCCCUUUGAACGAGAUUGAAAUCAAGAGCAAUGAAGUUGGUGCUCCCGAAGUUGUCUUGACUGGUAAGGCAAAGAGCGCAGCCUCUGCCGCUGGUAUCAAGAAUGUAAAUGUUUCCAUCAGCCAUAGUGGCGCCUAUAGUGUUGCUGUUGCUUUGGCACAGUAA